GUGGACUGUGAGGCUCUUGGAACGGGAUGCCCGUCACUUCCCAGUCAUCGGUUCCUAUUGGUAGAUAUAAACAAGAUAGUAAAUGGCACUUGUUAUGAAAUGAUGUGGUUUCUAGUCAUAGGAGAGCCUUGAGGGAUUGUAUAUCGAGUUGUGGGGUAGCACGUAUAUGCAACCAGUUGUCCUUGGGGGUUACGCUGCUGAGCUGUCUUUCGCCAAUGAACGCGUAAUAUACGAAAAAAGCAAAAAAAAAACAAAAACACAUGGCCUAAGAAACACAGGCUGGCUGUGAGGAUGAGGUAAGUAUAGGCGAAAUUGGAGUAGAGAAACGGUAUUGUUGUGUAACUCCCCACGCCGCAUCGCUGCCUGACUGAGCUGAAGCGUCUUUUUUAAAUGUCAGCAACAAUUACGCUCAGAUUUGGUAGAAACCUGGAGGCCCAUAUCCUAGAGAGACUAUGGCAAACCAGAUAGAGCAGAAGCGGCGCGUCUACCUCGCAUCUCGAGCUAUCUUCGUAGGCCAGAAAGCGGAGCUACGCAAAGCGAAAAAGGUACGCGAAGAAAUCGAGAGAUGGCCACAGGUAUUGAGAUCACUUACUAGUGAGUUGAGCAUAGAAACUGUGGUCGAGAUUCUUCGCGACCUCCUGACACAAAACAUUUUCAAGUCGGAGCGCAAAGCGAAGGCGGAAUUCCCUGACCUAUUCUAUUCACCACCAGAACAGGAGGUUAAGCGUGAAGCAUCUGAAAUCGACGCUGCUAGGUCAACAGCAGAGGUACUUGACGAAGUUGCCAGCGAGGCACACGAGGAGGCCGAAUGCAAUAAUCAAGUUGAGGAAGACGCCCCCGAGAAACCCGGCGAGGUGGUUGACGAAACGGAACGAGAUAAUGCGCAUUCUGAGGCCGAACCCCCUAGCCUUGAACAUGCAAACCUGGAACCGCCUGUGUCUGCGCCUCUGCCUUUGCCUUUGACUUUACCUUCCCUGUACCCGACAUAUAUCCCGUAUAAAGCACAACAUAUUAUUCUAAGCGAGGCGCAACGAAUGCUAGAAGAAAGCUGCUUCGAAUUCACCAAAAAACAUAUGCCGGCGCUCCUGGAGAAUACAGGAUUGGACUGCGCCAGCUCGCUAGAACUGACCAAAUGGACGCGGCUAUUGGCUAAGAUGUCCGACGAGAUGCCAGAGACAGCAUUCAACUUGGGGACAACGCCGCUGAAGGAGGUGCUAUUCGCGACGGAUAAGCUGAGACACAGUGCUGUUCAUAGAGUCCCGAUGACUGCUCGCGCUAUUAAAACUCUGCUCAAGUCGGCGGUAGUGCUUGGAUUUACACUUGGCGACCACAGGCACGCAAGUCAACUUGAGGAGAUAUGCUACGAGCUAGACAACAAGGUCCAGGCGAUGGAGCUAAAUAAAAAUGCGCUGGUGAAUUCUACUACAGCCGAGCUGGAGGAUAUCCAACGACGGCGAAAAGAGUUGGAUAGACUAGAAAAAGAAGUGCUUGGAAACAUGGUGAAGAACGAUCAGAAGAAUAGGGGGUUCAUUGGAGCGUUACUCGAGGAUUCGGUGGGUAGGAUCUUGGAAGGGAAGACGGAGAUGGGGAUGGAAGACGAGUUGAAGGUUGAGGAGGAUGAAGAGGAAUUCUCAGAGUGUCAUACGAGCGUGGAGGACUUGGAACAUGAUUCAGUCGAAUAGUGGUGAUUUGAUAUCACGAUACAACAUUGUGGUAGGUACUGUUGUAAUGUCUUAAUAAGUGUCCAAAGUGUCCAGGAGCUGAGUACAGGUGGUGGAGUUUUUAGCUGUAGAUACUAAUGAGGUACCGUAGUAAAUUACCCC